UCAUUUGUGCUGCUUAGGAGUGUCUUCGUCCCUCUCAGUCGUCUCUCCAUAAUCUAAUCCCUCACAGAUCUCUCGCACCAUGUGAACUCGCUGUCUCAUACUCCGUCUUUUCCUAAUAAUUCAUUGAAUGAUGUAAUAGGUUUCUAGUUCUUUUUACUAUUUCGUAUUCAAUCUUUUGGAUAGUCGUUUUUGGGUUGAAGUGAAACACGAAAGAUUUCAACCGCGUCAAAUCAAAGAAAUUAAACUACUCGAAAAUGGUUUCUCUUCCUUCAAAAUCACCCUGCACGGAGUUUGUCACUCCUCACAUUAACAACCACCCUCUUCAACUUCAGCUCCUUCGUCCCACACAAAAUCUGCCUCAAAUUUCAUCAGAAUCUGUCCAACUCCUUCGUUCCCAACCUAAUCCAUCAAAUGGGUUGUGUUUGCGGAAGAAGAAAACCAAGGAAAAAGAAUUUAUCCCUGCUCGGAGUACAACAUCUGAUGUUUUACGCUUGAUGGAUGGUCUUGGCUUCUCUGUAUCCAUUGACAUCUACGUCUCUUUGAUAGAAGAGUGUACUGUUUCUGGGGACCCUCGUACAGCGAUGGAGCUACAUGCCCAUAUCAUCCGAAGCGGCAUUGAUCCUCCCUUAAGCUUCCUCAAUCGGCUUCUCCUCAUGUUUGCUUCAUGUGGUUUGGUGGAGCGUGCUCGUAACCUGUUUGAUAAAAUGUCUGUGAGGGAUAUCAACUCGUGGGCAACCUUACUUGUUGCUUAUUUUGAUGAUGCAGACUACGAGGGAGCCAUAUAUUUGUUUCUCAACAUGCUUGAUCGAGUGAGUAUUUCGGAACUGCCUAAUUGGGUCAUGGUUUGUCUUCUCAAGGCAUGUGACUACAGCAUGAAUCUGGAUCUGGGAAAACAAGUUCAUGGGUGGUUGGUCAAGUUAGACAUUAGUGAUGAUGUACUUCUAACUUGCUCAUUGAUCAGAUUCUAUGGGAAAUUCAAGUGCCUAGAAGAUGCAAAUAUUGCCUUCAACAAAGUAGCUAGACACAACACCUUCAGUUGGACAGCUAAAAUUGUGAAUGAUUGCAGAGAAAUGCAUUUCUGUGAGGUUCUCAAUGACUUCAAGAAAAUGGGAAGGCAAGGAAUAAGGAAGAACAGUUUCACAGUUUCCAGUGUUCUUAAAGCAAGCGGAAGAAUGCCAAGUCAUGAACAUUGUGGUGAACAAGCACAUGCUAGUGCCAUCAAGCUUGGACUUGUGUCAGAUGCUUAUGUGGAGUGUGGGUUGAUAGACAUGUAUGGAAGAACUGGGUUAGUGAGAGAAGCAAAACUUGUGUUUGAGAUGAUUCAUAAUAGAACAAACGUGGCUUGUUGGAAUGCUAUGCUUAUGGGGUAUAUGCAAAAUGGGCGGCACAUUGAGGCUAUUAAGCUUUUGUAUCACAUGAAGGCAGUUGGACUGCAGCCUCAAGAGUCUCUGCUCAAGGAAUUAAGAAUUGCUUGUGGUGGUUGUAAAGAAGUGGAAUUCACAUAGGCAGUUAAAAAAAAAGAAAAAGGAUCUUAUAUGGAGAGUUAUGUAGGUAUCUUCGUUUGAUAUAUUGAUAAUUAAAGGUUCAUGAACGAAAUGAUAG